UGUUUUUCCUCUUCGGUGACCGGUGGCUCCUCCCGUCGCGAAGAUGCAGCUCAAACCCAUGGAGAUCAACCCCGAGAUGCUGAACAAAGUGCUGGCCCGCUUGGGGGUCGCCGGCCAGUGGCGCUUCGCCGAUGUCUUGGGGCUGGAGGAGGAGGCGCUGGGCUCGGUGCCUGCGCCCGUCUGCGCGCUGCUGCUGCUGUUUCCCCUCACCGCGCAACAUGAGAACUUCAGGAAAAAACAGAUUGAAGAGCUGAAGGGACAAGCAGUAAGCCCCAAGGUGUACUUCAUGAAGCAGACCAUCGGCAACUCCUGUGGGACCAUCGGGCUCAUCCACGCCGUGGCCAAUAACCAAGACAAGCUGGAGUUCAAUGAUGGGUCAAUCCUGAAACAGUUCCUUUCUGAGACGGAGAAGCUGUCCCCCAAAGACAGAGCCAAAUGCUUUGAGAAGAACGAGGCUAUCCAGGCAGCCCACGAUGCUGUGGCCCAGGAGGGCCAGUGUCGGGUAGAUGACAAAGUGAAUUUCCAUUUUAUUCUGUUUAACAAUGUGGAUGGCCUCUAUGAACUUGAUGGCCGGAUGCCUUUCCCCGUGAACCAUGGAUCCAGCUCGGCGGACUCACUACUGCGGGAUGCUGCCAAGGUGUGCCGAGAGUUCACCGAGCGGGAGCAAGGGGAAGUCCGCUUUUCCGCUGUGGCCCUCUGCAAGGCAGCCUAAUGUCCCGGAGGAGCCUCCAUUGUCCCCCCUCCCCAACCCCCUUCUGCGUGAAUACUUCCUUUUCUAGCGCAUUCUAAGGUGCGCAUGUGCUUGUAGCACACAGAUGUCCUCCUUUGGUUUUGCAGAUCUGCACUUACCCUCAGUCACCCCUCGUGCCCCGGCAGAGCUCAGCUGUGGAUGGAGCAGAGUUGGGUAGAAGCUUUUCGAUGGUUAAAGCAUCUCCCGCCCCGCCAGUGUCUGUCUUGAUCUCAAUAUCUCAUGCUUUCAGUGGCUCCUUCUGUUUGUCUGUUAAAGGCUUUGGAUAUGGUUGGUUUGUCCUUAAAAGAAAUAAAACUUUUCUGCUGAGUAGAGAUGCACUUAAAAAAAA